UCUGAUGGCGAAUUGGUCAUAUUUGGUUGUGGAUGUACAUGACUAGGAAUUUUCCUCUUACAAAUCCACUUUUUUUUUUAAUCAUGGAAACUAAAAUCUGUCACCAAGUGGGCUAUAUAUACCCUUAAGGUUCCAAGAAGAAAACUCAUCAACCAAUAUUUUUUAGCUCAAUAUUACUCUCUAAAUUGUUGUUCUUAAAUAUAAACUCUUUGAUUUUGUGCCUUUGAUUGGAAGUAAUGUCGGACGGCGAGGAGCACCACCGCGGCCUCUUUCACCGCCACAAGGACGAGGAGGAGAAGGAGGAGAAGGAGCCUAGGACCGCUGAAGAGGAGUUGAAACAUCACAAAAACCUUGGGCACAUUAGCAAGGCUACUGCCCUUGCUGCUGGUGCUUAUGCCUUGCAUGAGAGGCACAAGGCAAAGAAGGACCCAGAGAAUGCUGACAAACACAAAACAGCACAGGGAAUUGCAGCCACAGUUGCUCUAGGAGCUGGUGGUUUUGCAUUCCAUGAGCAUCACAAAAAGAAGGAAGCCAAGGAAAGAAUCGAGGAUGAGGGUCGCAGUGACUACUAAACUUAUUCUAUAUCUUGUGUAAAAUUUUAUUUUGAUGAACAAAAUCAUAUACAUUGUGAAAAUAAAGUUCAAGUGAGGAGAGUUUUCUUAUUUUUAUUGUACACAUGUAAUUUUUUGUGAGUAUUGAGCUUAUCAAUAUUCUUAUGAUCUUAUCAUUGUAUUUCUACCAAAAAAAUCUAAAAAAAAUUAGUUUUGUGCCUA